CGCCCGGCGUCCCCUCCCCUCAGCGUCCCCGCCAUCUCCGCCUCCUCCACCGCGGCGAAGGCGGCGCCCUGCCCGGCCUCCUCCGCCUCCUCCUCCGUCGCAAAAUGGCGGCCGGGGUGGGGAGCAGCAGUAGCAGCAGCAGCAGCCUCCCCGCGUCCUUCUCCUCCGUGGCGGCCUCGCCUGCGCCGCCUCCCGCCGCUGCUGCUCCUCCGCCCGCAGCUGCUCAGGCGAGCGACGGGGCCGCGGCGGCGGCGGCUCCUCCUCGGGCGGCCAACGGCGGGCCGCUCUCGCCGCCGCAGGCCGCGCCGGCGCCUCCGCCUCCGCUGACGCACAACCACCGGGCGGCGGCCGCGGCGGCGGCGGCAGCAGCAGCAGCGGGAGGCGGCGGAGGCGGGAACCCGCUGCCGACAGCUGCCCCUGCGGCCUCCUCCUCCUCGCCGCCGCCCUCCGCCGCUGGCCCGCUGGCGCCGCGGGAGCCGGCCUACAACUGGCAGGCGACGAAGCCGACGGUGCAGGAGCGCUUCGCCUUCCUCUUCAACAACGAGGUGCUCAGCGACGUCCACUUCUUGGUGGGCAAAGGCCGCGCCGGGGCCCAGCGCAUCCCCGCCCACAGGUUUGUACUGGCGGUGGGCAGCGCGGUCUUUGAUGCAAUGUUCAAUGGCGGAAUGGCAACAACGUCCACAGAGAUAGAACUGCCCGACGUGGAGCCGGCCGCUUUCCUGGCUUUGCUGAAGUUUCUCUACUCAGAUGAAGUUCAAAUUGGGCCAGAGACCGUGAUGACGACUCUUUACACGGCCAAGAAAUACGCGGUCCCCGCCCUCGAAGCUCACUGUGUAGAGUUCCUGAAGAAGAACCUUAGAGCAGAUAACGCAUUCAUGCUUUUAACGCAGGCCAGACUCUUUGAUGAGCCCCAGCUGGCCAGCCUUUGCCUGGAAAGCAUAGACAAGAACACUUGUGAUGCCAUCAACGCAGAAGGCUUCACGGAUAUCGAUCUGGACACGCUGGUUGCCGUCUUGGAGCGGGACACCCUUGGCAUCCGUGAAGUGCGCCUCUUCAAUGCGGUGGUCUGGUGGUCGGAGGCGGAGUGCCACCGACAGCAGCUGCAGGUGGUCCCGGAGAACAAGCGGGAAGCCCUUGGCAAAGCCCUCUCCCUCAUCCGCUUCCCCUUGAUGACCAUUGAGGAGUUUGCUGCAGGACCAGCUCAGUCGGGCAUCCUCACCGACCGUGAAGUAGUCAGCCUGUUCCUCCACUUCACCGUCAAUCCCAAACCGCGGGUGGAGUUUAUCGACCGCCCCCGCUGCUGCCUGCGAGGGAAGGAGUGCAGCAUCAACCGCUUCCAGCAGGUAGAGAGCCGCUGGGGGUACAGCGGCACCAGCGACCGGAUCAGGUUCUCCGUCAACAAGAGGAUAUUUAUAGUCGGAUUUGGGCUGUACGGAUCGAUCCACGGCCCGACAGAUUAUCAAGUAAACAUACAGAUCAUUCACACAGACAGCAACACAAUCCUGGGCCAGAACGACACCGGCUUCAGCUGCGACGGAUCCUCCAACACAUUCCGGGUUAUGUUUAAAGAGCCUGUCGAGAUCCUGCCUACUGUCAGCUACACGGCCUGUGCAACGUUGAAGGGCCCCGAUUCCCACUACGGAACCAAAGGGCUGCGCAAAGUGACCCAUGAGUCGCCGACGACGGGUGCCAAGACCUGCUUCACAUUCUGCUAUGCCGCCGGGAACAACAACGGCACCUCGGUGGAGGACGGGCAAAUGCCAGAGAUCAUCUUCUACACAUAAGUGGCUGCCCCUGGGGAAAAUCUGCCGUCGGGCGGACAGGCACGGCGCAUCUUCUCCUCCUCCCCCACCACGCACAUCCUUCCAAGCUGAAAUUGCCGGCCAUGUUCUGCCACACUAACGGGAGGCCUCCUCGCCGACUGCUCCUGCUCUCAGUUGCCACACAUGGCUGAUGCGUUUGCUGAUGACGGGAUGCGUUUGCUGGCCUUGCUUGCCGUCGUUGGCCUGGGAGCAGGGCGAGGUGGGGCCUAGCGCCUCCUUCCACCCACACGCAGCCUGCCUCGGCUCUUCCAUUGCGUUGCGAAUGUAGCUGCUUCUACAUCUGGCUGUCGCGGUGGGUGACAAACUCAUUCUCGCGGACGGACAAUCCCCACCAGAGGAAGCCCCUCUCUGCUGCUGUCAGGUGGGCCGGGCUGGGGGAGGCAAAAGGGCGUUACAGAUGGUGGUUGCUUGGCAAGGCUUUACCCAGAGCGCAGUGUGACCAGCUGAUGUUCUGGCUAGUUCAAGCAGCUUAGGGAGAGAACUCCUUACGCUACCUUGGCAUGUUGAGGGCGCAUGCUUUGGAUGCCAAGAGCAGGAGUUGUGCGAUAGCCCCCGACGCGGAGCCGUCUAGGGGCAGAGUUCAAGGGAGGCGGAUCUGUUAAAAGACUUGGGAAAUCAGCCCUUUUGUGGCCUUGCUGCAUCCUCAAAAGGGGGUGACUGUUUCCCUCAGAGCAGCCUUUUCCCAAGAGGUGAUUUCACAGCGACGCAAACGGGCUCCUUCAAGGGCAAGAGAGGUGUCUAAAGACUCUUGAUCUUUGAUUUGAUGCUUGCUGUGGCUUCAUAUAAUGCAGCUUAAUAAUGCACUUUACUCUCCUGCUGUUUUUAGUCUUGAUCUCAUUAACAAGCUGGUGCCAUGGCGCUUGACUUACUAGUUCGGAGGGAGCAUUCAUUUUGGUUUUCAAACAGGGAAGGAACUGACUAGGGCCCUGUGAGAGCCACCUUUCCUGAAAUGCAAGACCCAAGUGGCGAUUUCUCUCCUUUUUUGGCACUUUGGGGGCGAAGAAGCAUCACCUUCUCCAGGCUUUCUUCAGUAGCUACCUGUGAUGGCCCAGGAGACAACGAUGACACUGUUUGGGGGGCACCAGCUGUCUGGCGCACACGCUCAAAUGGGGAGCUUUGCCCAACCCCUUUUUGCUAGCUGUACUUUGACUGAAACAUCAGUCACGCUGCCCGAUGGGGUACAACUGUUAUAACUACCCGUUGCCUGUUUUGUGUCGCCCACGAGCUCCCCCUUCCUGGUGAAACGUGUUAGUUCAAAUGCUGGUCUCCUGCUUUUGCCCUUUUGCAGGGUGGGGAUUGCAGUAACCCAACGGGCAGUCAAAUCUGGAAGGCUUUUAUCCAACGUCUAGGUGAUCGGAGGGUGGAGACAUUAUUACAGAGGUGUUUGCACCCCAGUUGUGCUCAAAGGCUGGCACUGCUGGGCAUGUGUUGACCAGAUCCUAACCAGGGCUGCAAGUUUCCCACAUCUAAUCCCUGUGGAAAUGGCAGGUGAACCAGCAAGCACCUUGGCAGUCUGUCUCUCUGCAGAUGCUCAAGCAGGCUGUUUUUGUCCUGCAAGGAGUCGUCCUUUCCCUUGCAUUGUAACAUAUGAAUUGCUCCCAACUCUUACCAUUCAAAAGGUGUCCGUGCGCCAAAUCCAGACGUGUCACUCUAGCCAGGAAGUUCUUUGUAAAGGGGGCUGAGCUUUCGUAAAAGCCAGAAUCUUUUAUCCCCUUUGCAAUUGGGGGCAGGGGUUGGAGUGUGUGUUUUGAAACCUGUUUAGGUCUGUUCCACUGCCAGGAAAUGACCUCCCUUUAAGAAAUAAUUGCUGUUGUUUGUGUUGUCCUAGGGAGGUGUGUGUGGGGGGGUUCAUUUCUCAGAUGUUGGACCUUAACAGCAAGAAACCCAACAGCACCUUCUUUGUGAUACAACAGUGCAUGCAAGUCCCCUUCCAGGAUUUGCAUCCAGUUUUUGUGUCUGCACUUACGAGCCUCAAUACGGCCAGUAUGGAGAAUGGGUCCAUUCUUCAGCCAUCUGCACAAGGGAAGAGAGCCUCUGUGCACGGUGCGUAGUACUAGAUGCUGCUGUUGAAUUGAUCCAUCUUAAACCCAUUUCCCCCCCAAUGCUCAACCACCUCUCACCCUUUACCAGAGAAGUUUCUUGAGCUGCGUAUAUAACCCCCCCCCCACACACACACACCUUUUCCCUUUAUAUAUAGUGAUCACGGAAUAGGUUCCAACAGUUACUGACUUUGGGGGUGGGGGGAAAGACUUAAUAAUUGCAGUUGCAGUCCACACUUUGAAAUCCCACCCUGUCCCCUUCUCGAGUGUGGGAUGUCUUUUGGGUGGUGCGUGUUAGAAUACCACCAGCCAAAGGAAGAAUUCUGUAUCAUUGAUGUUCUUGGGCUGUGCUGCAAAUUCAGGCACACUCAACUUGCUGUCAACCCUCCCCAGCCGCCAACCUCCUGAAAUCCACUCCUGCGAAAUUACUCGUGUUGUCACGACGGAAAUAAUGAAUGUACCAGAUGCUAUAUGCAUAAUAUAUAUUCAGUGUUAGCCAUGGGUUUGCUCUGCUAUUUGAUUUGUAAAUAGGAAAUCAAUAAAGGCAAGAUGCUUUUA